UGAAGUGUCCAAUCCAAGGGAAACGUCAAUGGUUUUUGCUCAAGCUUAACCUACCGCAGAACUUUAUGCUCGCAUGCCCCCAACAACCGCAAAACAGGAGACAAGUCAGUAAUCGUCUUUCAAAUUCAGCUUCAUCACCCUGUGCGUCAGCCGGGGUCAAUAUAUACCCCGUUGUUGUUCCCCCAGCAGGCAGCAGAUCCACUACCGCUUCUCCUAGCUGUAGUUACAUACUACGGGCAAAAAGGCACGAUCGGCAGGGAGCAGCAAUGGCAGCGGGAGCGGAGGUGCGGCUGCUGGGUGAGAGGCUGAGCCCGUACUGCAUCCGGGUGCAGCAGGCGCUGGCGGUGAAGGGGGUGGCCGGCUACGAGUACGUGGAGGAGGACCUGGAGCGCAAGAGCCAGCUGCUGCUCCGCUCCAACCCGGUGCACGGGAAGGUGCCCGUGCUCAUCCACCGCGGCGCGCCCGUGUGCGAGUCGCUCGUCAUCGUGCAGUACGUGGACGAGGCGUGGGCCGGGCCCGCCAUCCUGCCGUCCGAUCCGUACGAGCGCUCCAGGGCUCGCUUCUGGGCCGCCUACAUCGACGACAAGUUCUUCCCGUCGUGGGAGCCGUUCUUCAAGUCCAAGGCGCCGGAGGAGAGGGCCGAGACGUUCAAGAACGCCCUCCCCGCGGUGGAGACGCUGGAGGGGGCGCUCGAGGAGUGCUCGAACGGGGGGCCCUUCUUCGGCGGCGACAGCGUCGGUUACGUGGACGUGGCGCUGGGCGGGUACCUGGGGUGGAUCAAGGCCGUGGACGAGGUGGCCGGCACCUGCCUCCUCGACGGGGCCAGGUUCCCGCGCCUCGCCGCGUGGGCGGAGAGCUUCGCGGCGGCCGACGCCGUCCGGGGCGCGUCCCCCGCCGUGCAGGACAUCGUGGCGUUCUACAAGAAGAUGCAGGCCGGCGGCGAGACCGGCGCGUCGCACUGAUCUCACCGCUGUCCGCGGCUAUGUUACUUAGUAACUUAUACUUACUAAUAAAUGUAUACAAAUAAAAUUCGAGAUUUUCCUUUUUGCUAUG